AUUUGAAAUCCCCGUUUCUCAACAGAGACUCACGUCGCACCAGCUCUUUGUCCUUACACCACUGUUUUCAACGAUUCCCUUUCAUACAUAGAAGAAAAAAAAAAAAUGCUUCGCAGCGUUGAGAAGAUGACCAUCACUUCCCCUCAUGAAUGGCCACACCAGAUAUCAGUAGCUGAAGAAGCUGCAGCCGCUGCGAUGCCGUCAUCGACCGCCAAGAUCAUGGAGAAACAAGGCCAAGAUCAGGCACUCAAGUGCCCGCGCUGCGAUUCAUCCAACACCAAGUUCUGCUACUACAACAACUACAGCCUCUCUCAGCCUCGCCACUUCUGCAAGGCCUGUAAGCGCUACUGGACUCGUGGGGGGACCCUCCGGAAUGUUCCCGUCGGCGGAGGGUGUAGAAAGAACAAGCGAGUCAAGAAGCCCGCUUCGUCAGAUCCACCGUCGUCGCUUCCUCCACCACCACCUCCUCCUCCCCCUCAGAUCCACGUCUCCAGCGCUCCAAAUGGCAUAAAUCCUGCCUUCUAUGGCCUACCAAACGCUCCUCCAGACAUUAAUCUCGCGUUGCCGAGGCUACUUUCAAGAUUAGCAGGUCCAAAUGCAGAAAACAUGCCGAUAUCUCACUCCGGCUAUGAUCUCCAACCUCACUUUAAUUCCAUGUGGUUGAAUUUUCAGCCAUCAGCUACAACUAGUAGCGCACUCACCGACGAUUAUCGAGCUGGGUAUAACCCAACCCAGAUCCAAGAUCCAGUCUCUUCACCUUCUCAUUUGCCAGAUUAUUCUCUUCUCGGAUCAUCUACUUCUUCAGCUGCUGCAUCUCUAAUCACUUCCAGCUUUCAGCAGCAGAAGCUUGGUUUGGGUUCCAAAGACACCCAAUCCAUUAACGACUUCCAGGUCUUCUUGCCCUUUGAAGACCUACAAAUGGCAGCAACCAACGGGAAUUCUGGGAUUAUGAAGGGAAUCAAAAUGGAAGAAGAGAGCAAUGUGAUGAGCAACAAGGCCAAAUGGCAUAUUCCUUGCGAUAAUCCUUUGGAAUCAGUCGGAAUGGAUUCAUCUGCUUAUUGGAACACAAGCAUGGUUGGUGGGUGGCCCGACAUUUCCAGCUACGGAUCAUCAAUUACACCCAUGAUCUAGUACAGGUUCUAUUUAUCAUCCGAUCCACCCUUCCUCCUUGUAUUAGGUUAGGCUAAAAUACAAGUUCAAGCGUCGAGGCUCGGAUUCUUUUUUUUUUUUUUUUUGGUAACAUAUCGACUGGGAAGUGAUUGAAAUUGGAUCUUAACAAAGACUAAGGUAGGAAAGGAAUUUGGAUCGGAGAGAUCAUGUCGGUUGCAAACAUCAACGGCGCGCAGCCCAUUUUUGUCUGGCAGCACGGCAAGAAACCGUUUGCUCCGAGAGGAACCUCCGAUCCAUUUAAACUUUUCCCCUUCAACUUCACUUGUUGAAGGGCUUACUUUGAGAGAAGAAUCAUUGAAGAAGAAGACGGCGACGUUUCCCAGUCUAGUAAGUUAGCUUUUUAAUUGUAUAUAUAUGCAUGACAUACCCUUUUCAUAUCUAAUGUAUUUGUUAUGUAGGUGAUUGGGUUUAUUGGGGGGGUUUACAUGGAUAGGAGAUAGGUGUUGGAGCUUUUUAGGGGACUAAUAAGCUGUUUUUUUAUCUUCUCGUUUGGGGUUUUGUGGUAAGGGCUUUGGUGUAAUAAUAUCUUUGUAGGGUGAGAUUUGAUUUUCUGUAAUGUGGGUGUUUGGGUCUGUCAUUGUUCUAAGUUUCUUAACCUUGUUUUUCUUCAGAUUGUAUAAGAGAGAUUGGUUGGUUUUCAUUA